AUGACUCUUGCGCGUCCCGGUGCCCGCCCAUCCAUGAGGCGUCGCCCUCAGAAACCAGGCAACUCCAAUCUCAACAGGGACUCUAAUGCCGUUCGCGCCUCUGUCUUUGAGACCGCUCUCGAGCUCGGUAUAACCCCAGAUUCCACCGUCGCGAACUGGAUAUUCAAUGCUCCACUCGAGGGCCAGAUCGAAGAGGAGGAGGAGGAGGAACUGCACACCCAGGAUCGACGUACCGUGGAAAGAGAGAACGAGGGACAGGACUCGCCCUUGACUCCCUCCCACCUUCCCUCAUCCGACUCGAGUACCCCGUCAAAGCCACCGCCCUUUUUGUCCCACCUGACUGUACCUGCGAAUCCGUAUGCUUCUCCUCCGACCAGUACGGCCGACGUUCCCACCGCCGACUCGCGCCGCAAAUCACACGGCAUCCAUUUCAAAGACAUCUCCCCCGAGCUCUUUAUCCCCCUUUCGAGCCCGGCACUCUCUUCACAGUUCUCGACGCGUCAGCACGACAGUGAGGACAGUUCCACGCGCUCGGCAGCCUCACGGCCGCUCGAUGAGGCGUCUCUUCUGUCCCCUACCAAUAGCAUCACGCCUUGGGAGAGCCAGCUGGCGCCCGAUCAAAAGACUGAGCAACCGGAAGGUGGAUAUACGAGCGAUGGACAGGGAUUGACGAGCUCUCGGGGUUUCUUCAAAGGGCGAACCAAGUCUAAGGAGACAUUAAAAUCCAAAGCGUCAAAGGAACUAUUGAAGUCCAAGGCGUCGAAGGAACUAUUAAAGUCCAAAGAGCCCAAGGACAAGGAGCCCAAGUCCCCUGUCAAGUCUAAAAGAGGCUCCAAUGAAGGUACCUCUACGGAUGGCGAGAAAGGGUACUUGUCCGACGGUGCCUACAUCUCGAAAAAGGGCAAGAGCAAGGGCGCGAUGUCGUUUUUUAGACGCAAGAACAAGCCCGAUGCUAUUCCUCCCCUCCCCAAUUUUCCUCUUUUGCCCUCCUUUGCAGACCCACGGUUGCGCCCACCGCAGCCGAGCUCGCCCAACCUUUCUGUGGAGAGCGAUCCGUUCUCGCGCCCGUCACCGGAGAUGCCUGCAGCCAGCCGCCCUUCGUUCCCGACACACUCGCGUCCAGGGUCUGAGGACAGGCUCGCGCCGUCGUUCUCGUCCACGCGUUCACCCCACGCGUCUCCGCCUUCUACUUCCGCAUCUCUUGUUCCCCCUGCCGAACCUCGCCAGCGGACAAAGUCCUCGCCCACUGCGCCAUCCUCUUCGCGUAUCUCUCCGCCUGUCCCCAUUCUGGUCCCGCCAAACACGGCGGGAGGCGCGCCGGCAGUGUCGUCUCCCCGUGGAGGAGGGGGAGGGAGCGGGUCCGCGAUGCGCCCGAGACUGCCGCCGCCGCAGAUGCCCCCGCCGAGCUCGCCGCUGCCGCAGCUUCCGCCGUCGCCCAUGUCCGUGCAGUCGCAGCCGCUGAUGGCGUCAGUGGCGUCGCACAGUAAACGCAGUGGUGUGACGUCGGCGCCGCAAAGCGCGAUGCUGCGUCCGGAUAGCGUGUUGGAUGGGAGUGGGAGUGGGAUUGGGAAUGAGAGUAGCGAUACGCUGGCGCCGCCGAGGAGCGCGCCGGCGCAGCAGACGCAGAUGCGCACGCAGCGUAUGUUGCCUGUGCCGCCUGGGUCUGCGGGCCAGGGGCAGGGGAGGAGGCAGCAGUAUUCGGCGCCGCUGGACGCGCCCUACGGGUGGAGCGGGUCGCUGCCAUUGUCGGAUCCGCCUGCGUAUACGGAGCAUGAGUUUGAUGUUGUGCCGAGUGUGCAGGUGCGCGCACCUCCUCGUGUCGGUGCUAGUGCCGGCGCAGCUGUGCCUCGGCGGGAGUCGACGCGGACGGCGGAGUCGUCGUUGUCGAGAUCGACGUCGGCAUCUGGGUCGGGUGAAGGGUCGUCCGGGUCGGGACACUCGUUGGGGUAUCCCGAGAGCCGGUAUACGGGCGCGACGUCGAUGUCUGCGUCGUAUUCGCGGAGAGAGAGCAAGGCAUCGUCGGCGUAUCCAGAGAGCAGGUAUACGUCGAUGCUGACGCUUGACGAGGGGGAUAGCUUUUAUGAGCUGGAUGAGCGGGACGAGGGGAUAUACGAGCGGGACGGCGAUGAGCGCGGGGACGACUAUGAUCACGGGCACGCUGAUCGUCGGGAGGGCGAGGAGUUUGAGAGAGGAGAUGGGAGGGGCGAUGAGAAGGAGGAAGAGGAGGAUGACGACGACGACGCGUCGGUGUAUCCGGACGAUGACAACAAGACUGCGGGGCGGAGGACGAUGUAUCUUGUGGAGCAUGGGCAGGAGAUGGACUCGGACGACGAGUUUAUUACGGACGAGCCGUUCCCGUUUUGA